UCUAAAACAGAAGGUAAGAGUUAAAAAAAAAAAAAGACAUGGGAAAGUCUUUCAUCACAUGGAUCUUGGAGGUCUUGCUUCAGCUCUGUAUUUAUUGUACAGUCAUUUAUUUCCAUUGAUAUAUAGAUAGUUAGACUUUUACAGAAAGGCUCACUAAAAUAAUAACUAACUGUUGGAAUGCUUUGAAAAUGACAGCUAUGAAGAAACUAACAAGGAAAGCAGCAGAUGAAAGCUCAUCCAGGAGUUGCAUGACUUUGACUGACAGUUUGGGGUUCCUAGUUUCUCUGUUACUAGUCUUUUAUUGUCCUGAUUUUUAUUGUCUCAAUAGUUUCUCCGAGUCACGAAGCAGUACCUCCCUCAUGUGGCAAGACUGUGUCUUAUUAGCACCUUCCUGGAAGAUGGCAUCCGUAUGUGGUUCCAGUGGAGUGAACAGAGAGACUAUAUUGAUGCUACCUGGAACUGUGGCUACAUCCUUGCCUCCAUCUUUGUGUUCUUAAACUUGCUUGGGCAAUUGACUGGCUGUAUCUUGGUAUUGAGCAGAAACUUUGUACAGUAUGCCUGCUUUGGACUCUUUGGAAUUAUAGCAUUACAGACGAUCGCAUACAGCAUUUUAUGGGAUCUCAAAUUUUUGAUGAGGAAUCUGGCCCUAGGAGGAGGAUUGCUGCUACUCUUGGCUGAGUCCCGUUCUGAAGGGAAGAGCAUGUUUGCAGGAGUCCCAACCAUGCGAGAAAGCUCACCCAAACAGUACAUGCAGCUUGGUGGGAGGGUACUGCUGGUCCUGAUGUUCAUGACCCUUCUUCACUUUGAUGCCAGCUUCUUUUCUAUUCUUCAGAACAUCGUGGGCACAGCUUUGAUCAUUUUAGUGGCCAUUGGUUUCAAAACCAAGCUAGCUGCCUUGACUCUGGUCAUUUGGUUGUUUGGUAUCAAUGUGUAUUUCAACGCUUUCUGGACCGUCCCAGUCUAUAAGCCAAUGCAUGACUUCCUCAAGUAUGACUUCUUCCAGACCAUGUCAGUGAUUGGAGGCUUGCUUCUCGUGGUUGCCUUGGGUCCUGGUGGUGUCUCCAUGGAUGAAAAGAAAAAGGAGUGGUAACAGCCCCCUCCCCAUGUCCCUGCCCAGUGAAGAUCAGUGGCUAUCAAGGACAGUGGAUUCAACAAAACUGCCAGCAUUUGCAUACCUGACUCCCUUCCCCUGGUAAAGGCACAGAUGUUUUGAGAACUUUAUUUACAGUGACACAGUCUGAAAUAGAUGGUUAAAUCUGCUUUGGAGGCAUGCUCAGUCCCAAAUUUUAGUUUUUUGGUGUGUUUUUUUUUUUUUUUGAAGGCUGGCCAUCCUGAACGGUUAACAUAUCACUCUUUAGCCAAGGGCUCUUAAAAUUCAUCUGCAUGGGCAGCUUGGCUGAACUUGGCCUUUGUUUUUUGUUGUUUUUUUUUGUAGGGGGGAGGCAAAAUGAACCUUCAAGUUGUACUGUGAGCAGAUACACAACUGUAUCAUUCAAUGUGGUGGUCUCUGUUUUUUUUUGUUUUGUUUUGUUUACAUUUUUAGCUAGAAGUACUAAAUGAUUUGAGAUGCCCUGGCCCAAACAUUACAUUAUCUUAAAACUUCCUCUAAUGUCGUUCUUCACAUUUUUGUAGGAAAAAUGAUUUAAAGUAAGUUUAAAGGAAAAAACCAAACCCAAAGAAAUACAGUAUUAACACUCUACUAGAACUCUCACAGUGGGGCCCAUUAAGUAGUCAUAUAAAGAAUAGCAAGAAGACACAUCAGCACUUGGGACUGGUAUAAGUUUCAUACAGGCAGUGUUUCCCCCACAUCACUUAAAGUUGCACUGACUUAGCUUUAAUGGUUUAAGAUAGGGAAGGAAAGCCUGCUGAAGACUUUGUUUUAGGUACUGACUGCAAUAAGGCAUCGUGGCCUUUUUGAGUGUAAGAGCAGGGUAGUUAUCCCCAUGGGUUCAGAUAGUGACUUAAGCCUUGUUCAGACAUUUAACACAGUAGGCUAUGGUUGCUGUUGAAGCAUGGCAUCCCAGGUAGGAUGAGAAUGGCUUCUUCUAAAGGCUUCAUCUUCGCACUAUUUGGGGGUGGGGGAAAAGUUAGGCUUUCAAACCAGUGCCUCCCAUUCUUUUCUCACAGAGCAAGACCCUAGCUUACUGUGAAACCCUAUUUAGGGUUCUGAAUGGGUUAUUGCAACACUCAUCAUCACUUUUCCUUUUGGUAAGGGAUUGUCCCCAGGCUAUGGCCAGGAACUGGGUUUUAUCCCAGGGUCUACCAUUUCAGAAGGAGGCUGUUGCUUCGAUUUUUGAUUUUUUUUUUUUGCUACACUGUACACAGCCAAAUUGAAUUUUUUUUAAAAAGUGUGAUGCCUUACUGAUUUGAUCUUCAUCCUGUAUUUAAAGUUCUAACAUUGCCUUAUGCUAUGUUUCUUUGGGGGUGGGGUGGGAUGUAUUGGUUGUUGCAAUCCUAUAUUUAAGCGUCCCUGUGUUUUAUAUUGUAAUGUAAAGCUACAGAGUGAUAGUUAAAACCUCUCCUGCAGUGCCUCCCUACUCCUUAGAGCCUUCCUGUGCAGCCAAAUCUGUGUUACUCUGGUGGUGGCAGUGAGCUAAGUGGCUCCUUUUUGAUUGGGGGGGGGGGGGAGAUAGUUAAUACUGGAAAUUUAGUUCUUACUUGGCAUUUUCCAGGAUCACAUCUGGAACUUUUUUCCAAUAGUAGUUCCUUUCCUUCGGCAAGCCCUUCCCUGUGAUACAGAUGUGUAAGGCAGGACUAUCAACAUAACCAUCUUUGGGCAAGGAGUCCUGGGCCUACUUUGUUGUUAAUGCCCUUCCCUUCUGCUUAUUAAUAAGACUGUCUGAGACUUGAAAAUUGCAAAGGAUGAAGAAUGGAAUCUUUUUCUGAUUACCUGUACCUAAAGGGAAGGGGUGGAAUUUCUGCUUGCUAUCAUUUCUCUUAGUAUUAUACCAAGCUCACUGAGGUUUGCCUAUCCUGACACAGAACUCUCCUGUUUAGCCUCUCAUUGCACACCAGGCCCACAGUAGACCUGGGAGGACUUUGCCCCUACUAGGCCAAUUAGCAAACUAUUGACCUCCUAUUUCCUCAAGUAUUUGUAAGAUUAAACUAAAUAAGUUCAAUAUUCUCUUGAUUAAUUAUUGAGAUACUCAUAUUAAAGAAAGGGUGGUUUGUAAAAGUGUUUUAGCCAAAAAAAGGCUAUUUUUUGGUUGCAGGUCCCAUUCAUUCCCCCCCUUACUAAUGCCAUAUAGCAAACCCAUCAACUGCUACUUACAAGUUAACAUUUUUCUUUGUAGGCAACAUCUUUGCCAAGGCAACCUGUUCUCAGCCCUGCUCUUCUGCAGGCUGGCUUUUCUUUUACUGUUUGAGAAGUGGGAGUAACUUGAGCACCUGAAACAGUGCUGACAUCAGUGAUCUUUUCCAUGAUUGAAGUGUCCCCUUUGGCUUUGCUGCUUCUCUUUUCCACCCUGUGAUUUUAGUGGUCCAGUGCCUGGGGCAGGGACAGAAACUUGUAUUUACCAACAAUUGGCUUUGGCAAAAGUGUUUAAAUAUAUUUUUUUUUUUGCUUCAUGUGGGAAAGAAUAGGUAUAAAUCUCAUUUUAUGCUGUAUUUUAUAUCUUAGUUGUAUUUGAAAAUGUUUUGAUUUUUGGAAACAAAUAUCAAAAUAAAAUAAUGGCAUUUGUUGUAUCUAGUGUGACCACAUAGUCAAUGGAAUGUCCAAACUAAGAUGAGGAAAUAAAUGUGAGGCCAAAGAGA